AGUUCGUCACUCGCUUCGGGGGCAACCGCGUCAUCGAGAAGGUCCUCAUUGCCAACAACGGCAUCGCCGCCGUCAAGUGCAUGCGCUCCAUCCGCCGGUGGGCCUACGAGAUGUUCCGCAACGAGCGCGCCAUCCGCUUCGUGGUCAUGGUCACCCCUGAAGACCUCAAGGCUAACGCGGAGUACAUCAAAAUGGCAGAUCACUAUGUGCCUGUCCCCGGCGGGGCCAACAACAACAACUACGCCAACGUGGAGCUCAUUGCGGUGUGGGCUGGCUGGGGACACGCCUCGGAAAACCCCAAGCUGCCAGAGCUGCUGCAGAAAAACGGGAUAGCUUUCCUGGGUCCCCCAAGCGAUGCCAUGUGGGCUCUGGGGGACAAAGUUGCCUCCACCAUCGUGGCCAAGACGGUCCAGAUCCCCACGCUGCCCUGGAGCGGGAGCGGUCUGGUGGCCCAGUGGUCCAAGGAGGAGCAGGAGCACCAGCAGGCAAUCAGCAUCCCCCUCGAGACGUACGCUCAGGGCUGUGUGAAGGACGUGGAGGAAGGCCUGGAGGUGGCCAAGAGGAUUGGCUACCCAGUGAUGAUCAAGGCGGCAGAAGGUGGCGGGGGCAAAGGCAUCCGAAAAGUGGAGGCAGCGGAGGAAUUUGGCACCUGCUUCCGCCAGGUACAGGCGGAGGCUCCCGGGUCCCCCAUCUUCCUGAUGAAGCUGGCGCAGCACGCGCGGCAUCUGGAGGUGCAGGUGCUGGCUGAUGAGUAUGGCAACGCCAUCUCCCUCUUCGGCCGCGACUGCUCCAUCCAGCGCCGGCACCAGAAGAUCAUCGAGGAGGCGUUUUUUUGGCCCCCGCCGUCAUCGAGGUGA